ACAAAGAAACAAAUUAAAAGAGCAGUGAUGGGAUCCUCAAGAACGAUGGGAUUAGGGCACUGCAUGGUUUAUGUUGUGGUUCUAAGUGCCAUUGCGGCUACAGUGACAUCACACCCUUACUCAUCCCCGCAAGCACCACAAUACAAUACUCCAAGCCAUGAACACAAAUCACCUUACCCACCAAAAAAGUAUUCCCCAUACUACUCUGCAUCCCCACCACCUUCACCACAAUAUAGAAGACAAGGUCCUAAGUACACACCACAACCAAAACCAUACGUUUACAGUUCUCCACCCCCACCAACUUAUUACUCUACUUCUCCCAAGGUCACCUACAAAUCUCCUCCACCACCAUAUGUCUACAGCUCCCCCCCUCCACCAUACUACUCUCCUUCUCCAAAGGUAGACUACAAAUCUCCCCCACCACCAUACGUCUACAGCUCACCCCCUCCACCAUACUACUCUCCUUCUCCCAAGGUUGACUACAAGUCUCCCCCACCACCAUACAUCUACAGCUCACCCCCUCCACCAUACUACUCUCCUUCUCCCAAGGUAGACUACAAAUCUCCCCCACCACCAUACGUCUACAGCUCACCACCUCCACCAUACUACUCUCCUUCUCCCAAGGUAGACUACAAAUCUCCCCCACCACCAUACGUCUACAGCUCACCACCUCCACCAUACUACUCUCCUUCUCCCAAGGUAGACUACAAAUCUCCCCCACCACCAUACGUCUACAGCUCACCCCCUCCACCAUACUACUCUCCUUCUCCCAAGGUAGACUACAAAUCUCCCCCACCAACAUACGUCUACAACUCACCCCCUCCACCAUACUACUCUUCUUCUCCCAAGGUUGACUACAACUCUCCCCCACCAACAUACGUCUACAGCUCACCCCCUCCACCAUAUUACUCUUCUUCUCCCAAGGUUGACUACAAAUCUACCCCACCUCCAUACGUCUACUUCUCACCACCUCCACCAUACUACUCUCCUUCUCCCAAGGUUGACUACAAAUCUCCCCCACCUCCAUACGUUUACACCUCACCUCCUCCACUAUACUAUUUUCCUUCUCCAAAGGUUACCUACAAAUCACUCCCACCACCAUAUGUCUACAGCUCACCACCUCCAUCAUACUACUCUCCUUCUCCCAAGGUCACCUACAAAUCUCCCCCACCACCAUACGUCUAUAGCUCACCACCCCCACCAUACUACUCUCCUUCUCCCAAGGUCACCCACAAAUCUCCCCCACCACCAUAUGUCUACAGCUCACCACCUCCACCAUAUUACUCUCCUUCUCCAAGGGUCACAUACAAGUCUCCACCACCACCAUAUGUCUCAAAGACGCCAUACUAUUGAUUUUGAAUGGCUUCGUCAACUACAAAUAUGUUUGUAAUAAUUUACUUUUUGUUUUUUUUUUGCCUUGCUUCUUACGAUUUUGUUCCUUUUUUUUACUAUCUUUUUAUGU